UGUAUUAAUAUUUAUUACGUACAUAUAAUAUAUAUAUAUAUUAAAUUAUUAUUGCUCAAUUUAUUUUCUGUAUUUUUCGAGUUUUUAUUUCUCAUUAAAUAUAGGAAAGGAUAAAUACAGAAAUUUUUUUUAUUUAAACACUAAUACUACUAAAACUACUGGCGCUGAAAUGACAAUCGUUUUUCAAAACUUUUAAUAGUACAUUUGUUUAUAUUUUCGUAUUAUUUCACUAAAAAUUUUCGUUUUUUGUUAUACUAUUUCUUUUCCAUUUUAUAUAAGAAUAGAAAUCUAGAAAAUAUUUAAAAAAUCUAUUUAUUUAAUUUUUUACACAUAAAAACAGAAAAUAUGUGUAUUUUCAUACAUUUGAUAUAGGUUAGAGGUUAUCUAUUUUUUUAUCUCAUUAUGUAGUCAUUCUUGUUCGAUUUCUUCUGAAUUAAUAUUUAAUAAACAACGGCUGUGUUGUACAAAUCUUCAAUUAUAUAUUAAAAACAUUACAGGAAUUCAAACAAGUUUCCAUUAGUUUCCAUCAUGUCUACAACAGUAUCAAAUGAUGAACGUAUGUUAAAAGGAAUAAGAAGAGUAAUUCCAAAUUUGAAUAAUACCAAAUAUAAAGGUCAAGAUGGUCGAAUUGGUAUAUUUGGUGGUAGUCUUGAAUAUACUGGUGCACCAUAUUAUGCAGCAAUGAGUGCACUCCGCACUGGAUGUGAUUUAGUGCACAUAUUUUGCGUAAAAGAUGCAAGCUUUCCUCUGAAAGCAUUUAGCCCAGAACCUAUUGUUCAUCCAGUUUUAGAUCAAUAUGAUGCAAUUAAACAAAUAAGACCAUGGCUUGAUCGUUUACAUAUAAUUAUUAUUGGACCAGGUCUUGGUAGAGAUGAUAAAGUAUUUAAAAUAAUUGUUGAAUUAAUUUCAAUUUGUCGUGAUAUGAAAAAGCCAUUGGUAAUUGAUGCAGAUGGCUUAUUUUUGAUUAGCCAGAAACCUGAUAUAAUAAAAGAAUAUCCAGGUGCUGUCCUUACUCCUAAUGCAAUGGAAUUCAGUCGUCUUGUUAAAGGAGUACUUGAUAAAAAUGUUCAACCUACACCAAUGGUUAAAGCAAAUGAUGUUAAACAUUUAGCCGAUGCACUUGGGAAAAAUGUAAUAGUUUUACAUAAAGGAGCAAAGGAUGUAAUUGCAGAUGGACAUAAAGGUACAGAAGCUGUGUCAUGUGGAUUAGCUGGUUCUGGACGAAGAUGUGGAGGUCAAGGAGAUUUAUUGUGUGGAGCAUUAGCUGUAUUUUGGUGGUGGGCUAUUUGUGCAGGAAAUAAUGAAAGUGCUUUGUCUCCACCAAUAGCUGCAAGUUAUGCUGCAAGUAGAUUAGUGAGAGAAUGCAAUUCAUCUGCAUAUAAAUUAAAGCAAAGGGGAAUGCUAACAACUGAUAUAUUGGAACAAAUACAACCUGUUUUUGCCAGAAUUUUUGAGACUCAUUUUAACAAGUGAGCUAUUUAGUUAAAGUGACUAUUAUACAUGAUUUUGAUGGAUUUUACAUAAAACACAAUUAUUUUUAUUAAAAAAUUUUGUAUAUAAGAUUUUUUAUGUAUACGUUGUACAGAGCAAUUAAUAAUAACAGAUAAUUAUAUUGA